UAUUUUCUUUAGUAGCUUUGAGGUAAAGCUCUGGCUCAUGUCUCUUUUCUCAUACGUAGUACUACGUAUAUUCUUCGAGUGAGAAGAAAGCGGACAGAAGAAUUCAAAAAACAAGAAAACGGUGAUAGGUUUCCCAUUAAUGAAGUCGAUAUUUGGGCAGCUCGAGGCAGAGGGAUUAGCUCCCCCGACAACGCCUCUGCGGUCAUUCCUCUUCCAUGUCCAUGCCUUGCCAAGUGACCCGCGCGCACUCCGGUUUCACGUCACUGACCUCCAUUCCAGCACAUGGGAAGCUCUCAAGACCGAGCAAGACCUCGAAGACAUGAGGGACAUUACAGGCAUAGGAGGCUCAUUGUCUGAUUUAGUAGAUUAUGUUCUAGCCUCGUUAGAAUCUGAGGAUGUAAAGCUUGUUCUGGAUGGAAACUCCUUAGAUGCUGUUGGUGCAAAAUUAAUUGCUCAGAAAGCAAAGGGAAUGCCCCGAAUCAGUAUAUCACUCAGUAAACUGGUUGGUGCUGCUGCAAGUGAGGCUAUGGCUAAUCUUUCCUUAGAACUUUAUAAAUCAUUCAAGAGUGUGCAGAAUGUACUCAUAAGUGAGCAAGAACGGUGUUGUGACUUGAAUAAAGCAUUAUCAGUAGAGAAGGAAAAGAAUGAGUCUCUCCAGAAGCAACUGGGUGAAUUUAUGUACUUAAAAAGGCAGAAGUUGAAUAAGGCACCCGACAAAUCAUUAUCAGAUGCUGCAUCUAUCAUGGGCUCGCAUGAUUCUCCAGAUAGUAAAAGAGGACAACAGACUUUUACUAAAGUCAUUAAACGUGUUGUGCCGACUCAUCGCAGAGCCAAAGUCAGAGGAGUUCUUUUGCAGGACGCUGAAGAGGGUGCACAAAAUUAGGAAGGAUUUAUAAUUUAUUUGCAUGAUUGUGAGGAAAUAUUUCAAUAUAGCGUUUACCUCGUCUUUUCACAGAGCUGGAGGAAACAUAUAACCGCACAAAUGAAGACACUGUUAUUUCAAAUCUGUCUUGAAACAGUCUGCUGAGUAGAUAAGUGUGUUUUUGGGGGUGUUGGUAUAUUUCUACUAGUUCUUUUUUGGGUACAACAGAAAAGAGAAAAAACAAUCAAAAAGUCGGAGUCGAAUGAUUUCUUGGCCGCUGUUCCUAUCUUCCCAGAGAACAUGGGAUAACUUGGACGGGGCUGCAUCAAGGAUCGUGAUGCCUUUGGGGGACAAUGAGCCAUAUAUGCUAGGUGGUCAGCACAUCGCUUGCAUUCCCUGAGAGUAUGACAGAGAUCAGCAAUUGUAAGUAAAAGAGUAACAUCUCCUAAGUGUAUGUAUCUAGACUUCCACAAUUCAUACAAGAAUGAAAGUAAAACAGGUAAAUAGUGUCAUGCUUCGCUAGUAAAUAGCCAAUGUGUGGAAGACGUGGAUAUUGUCAUGGAAGGCAUCGAGGUAUAUGAAAAUGUGAUACAACUUUGAUUCUUCCAAUGUGAUUUUAUUGUGUGUUA